AUGCUGAUCUCGGGUCAUUUCCCCCAUGAGGCCUAAUGGUUAAGUUUAGGAUUGGGGGGAGGAAAGCUGAUCCUAGAUCUGUACCUAGGGGAAACUUUAUCCCCGAACACUUUACUGCAGGGUCAUUCCCUGACCCUGACACAGUGCUAUGAACCAGGACAGCCUCACCUUUAGCUUCCCCUUUAGACCUAGUAAUAUUUUUUCAAUUUGAGGUCAUAGAGAUCCUAUAAUAAAUGUUCUAGAUGUCAUUCUAUGUUUUGAGGUCUACAAUAUGUGAAGAACACAUCCUAUUUAACUCGUAUGCCUAUAAUACUCUUUCUUAUAUUCUUCUUUACACAUGAUUUUGAUUUGAAGUUUUCUGAGUGAUGACUCAUGUCACUGUAUGAGUGGGUGUCAUGUAUUUUGUGUGGGUGUCAGAGUAGGUAGUUUACAGCUCAUCUGAGUCAUAAGUGGGGUAGUGUUUGUGUGGUUUUGUGACGUCAUGAUUACCGGAGUAGUUUCCGACGAGGCUGUCAUGAAAGCGCUUUGGUAGAGUAUUGGCAUAGUGUGGCUGGCACAGCCCUACUCUACUGUCAUCCAAAGCUUGUGUUUGUCAGUUAGGAGAAUUCAGUGCCUUAACAUGGUAAAUGUCACCACAAAACGCUGCAGCCUUUAGUGUCAAUAGCUCUGGGGAGGAAGAAAAACUAGGCGACUCAUGACUCUCCUAUUUGAUCUCCUCCUUAUGUGGGACAAUACCCUCACAGGAUUUUUAUAUCCCCCUUGAGCCCCCUGCCUUUCGCCACAAUAUCUACCACUUCCUAUCUACAGUUUGAUGUUGCUCUUCCUCUCACUCCCCUGUCUCUCUCUCUCUCUUACUCUUUCUCUUGAUCCCUUUCUUUUCCUCUCCUCCCCCACAACCUCUAUUUCAGAAGUGUUUUAUAUUGAGUACUGGCGCCCUCUCUCUCUCCCUCUAGGAGAUGUUGGGGCCCAGGCCCUAUUCUCAGUGCCUCGGCGGCCUGGCUUUGGCACCAUGGGGAAGCCUAUCAAGCUACUGGCCAACUGCUUCCAGGUGGAUAUCCCCAAGAUGGACGUCUACCUCUAUGAAGUAGACAUCAAGCCUGAGAAGUGCCCGCGUCGCGUCAAUAGGUAUACAGCUGCCCGACGUGCUGGAUCAAACCCACAAACCUACAAACCUAUCAUGUGUCAGCAUCAACAUUCUCAAACCAACACAAACUGGCUGCAGAUCUUUCAUGUGAUCACACGAACUGUACUCUGCAUCUCUUUACCCACUUAAAAGACCAGGGUUAUGGAGCAAUGUUGGAGUGUUGAUAUAUUUGUCUCUCUUGUGCCCCUAAUAGAGAGGUGGUGGACUCCAUGGUGAAGCACUUCAAGGUGACCAUCUUUGGGGACCGAAGGCCAGUCUACGAUGGGAAGAGGAGCCUCUACACAGCCAACCCCCUACCAGUCGCCACAGCGGGGGUGAGUUGUGCGCACACACACAAGAUACACAUGAUAACAUUUCUAGUGUAAUUUACAAUGUUGAAUGUCAGAUGGGUGUGCUGGUGAUACAUUGAGUUGCCAUAGCUUGAGCUCCCGUCUAUUUUCUCCUCAGGUGGAUCUGGACGUCACCCUGCCAGGGGAGGGGGGUAAGGAUCGCCCCUUCAAAGUGUCUAUCAAGUUUGUGUCGCUAGUCAGCUGGCACAUGCUGCACGAGGUCCUGAUGGGGCGCACCAUGCCUGAGCCCUUGGAGCUGGACAAGCCCAUCAGCACCAACCCUGUACACGCUGUGGACGUGGUGCUGCGACACCUGCCUUCCAUGAAGUGAGUCACUUCUGUGUGGACAGCACUGGUAUUGCAUAUGUAUCUAUGGUCUGAGGGCCUAGGAGUGUCCAUGUACUGUAGAACUGCUAUCAAAAGCUCUAUGCUGUAUUUUUUUAGAUGUGGAACAAGCUAUUCUGUUCGGUGCGCAGUUUAGGAGUAUAUAUGUAUUUAUCUACCCUUAUAGUCCUGAAUAUACUAGUAGUAUAUAGUAUCCUAUAGUAUAGAUUAUUUCGAAGAAGAUAUAUAACCUAAUGAAGCUAUGUCUUGAAUGAAACAUGAUGAGUAGAGUAAUUCAAUUAAUUUUCUGGCUGUGAAAGGUGACCCUCUUUCUUCUCCCCCAGGUACACCCCAGUGGGGCGCUCCUUCUUCUCCUCCCCAGAGGGUUACGACCACCCCCUGGGCGGGGGCAGGGAGGUGUGGUUCGGCUUCCACCAGUCGGUGCGGCCCGCCAUGUGGAAGAUGAUGCUCAACAUUGACGGUGAGGGCCUUUUCUCUUGACUGUAAGGAACAUGGAUAAUGAUUAAAAAAAUAUAUUAUUCACUGGUGGCAGGGACUUGUUUCCUUCCAUGUUGUCUGGAUGAUGAUGUAGCAUCUCAGUCAGUCUGUGAUUUCUCAAUCAAUGAAAUGUAUUUAUAAAGCCAUUUUUACAUCAGCAGCUGUCACAAAGUGCUUAUACAGAAACCGAGCCUAAAACCCCAGAGAGCAAGCAAUGCAGAUGUAGAAGCGCGGUUAGGAAAAACUCCCUAGAAAGGCAGGAACCUAGGAAGAAACCUAGAGAGGAAGCAGGCUGUGAGGGGUGGAGAUUAUAGGAGUACAUGGCCAUGUCUCUUGGCUUUUCAUAGCUGAGCAUUCAGAGGUUGAGACAGCAGGACAACAGGUCAGGGUUCCAUAGCCGCAGGCAGAACAGCAUAAACUAUCAACAGCACGACCAGGUGGACUGGAGACGGGAACAGCCAGGAGUCAUCAGGCCAGGUAGUCCUGAGGCAUGGUCCUAGGGCUCAGAUCCUCUGGGAGGGGAGAGACACGGACACGAUGGGGAAAACUGAGCUGACUACACUGACUGUGCUAGGGGCAGACUCCACUAAGUUGGCAGGCUGGCUAACAGCCUGCUGCCUGCACCGUAUCUCAUUGUGGAGGUAGAGUCCUGUCUAUGUUGAUAGAUAAGAUGAGAGCACCCCUCCAGCUAGGAUGGAGUCUGUCACUCUUCAGCAGGCCAGCCUUGGUCCUGUUUGUGGGUGAGUCCCAGAAAGAGGGACAAUUAUCUACAAAUUCAAUCUUUUGGGAGGGGCAAUAAACAGUUUUCAACCAGCGAUUGAGUUGUGCGAAUCUGCUGUAGAGCUCAUCACUCCCCCUAACUGGGAGGGGGCCAGAGACAAUUACUCGAUGCCGACAUAUCUUUCGGGCUAAGUUACACGCUGAAGCUAUGUUGCACUAGGUGACCUCUGACUGUUUCAUCCUAACGUUGUUGGUGCCGACAUGGAUAACAAUAUCCCUAUACCUUCUACACUCGCCAAUUUUAGCCUCAGCCAGAACCAUCUUCAGAUGAGCCUUUACGUCGGUAGCCCUGCGCCCUGGUAAACUAUGUAUGAUCGCUGGAUGAUUCUUUUUAAGUCUAAUAUUGCAGGUAAUGGAGUCGCCAAUGACUAGCGUUUUAAAUUUGUCCGAGCUAAUGAUGGGAGGCUUCGGCGGCUCAGACCCCGUAACGGGUGGAGGACAGACCUGAGAAUGCUCGGGCUCUGACUCUGACUCGUUGCUUAGUGGGGAAAACAGGUUGAAAGUUGCUGUCGGCUGAAUGAGCGACACCGGUUAAGCAUGCCGACAGCAUUUCUUUCCAGAAGCCGUGAGAAAAUUGUCCGGCUGCGGGAACUGUGUGGGGGGAUUUAACACUACUACCUGUACUUACUGGUGGCACAGAAUUGCCCUUGCCUAACGAUUGCGUCUGAAGCUGGGCUUGCAACUCGGCUAUCCUCACCAUAAGGUGAUAGUUCUCCUGCAUAUUAUGAGUAGGCCUACAGCGACUGCAAUUAGAAGGCAUCAUUUUACUUAGCUUUUUCGGCUGGUGGAGGUCGUGCAGAUAAAGUGUCCGGGGUGGAAAAAUUGGAUGAAAGAAGUUGAGUGAGGACAAAACUAAGACGUUGGUAAAUUUGUUAAAUACAGAGUUUGAUUUAAUAGUUGUUAAAAGUACAAAGUUUGGCACCUGCCAAGUAGCAACAAACAGCACAGCAGCAUGGAGACAACGCGGAAGUGUAUGUUGCGUUGCAUCGUGUUUAGUCAGUCCUGUCUUUGAUUAGUCCAAAUGGUAUAGAAUUCAGCUUAUACCUAACAUUUUUACUCAGAAUUUGGUUGUAAGCUAUCAGAAUUGGGUUCCUUAGCUACAUUAAAGUCCCUGAUUUCGAAUUGACCUAUUCUAACUCUUACUAUUUGAAUUUGGUUGUAGACUAUCAUAACUUGGAUCCUUCUGCAUUGAAGUAACUUAUUUGAAUUUGACCACUUCUCAUCUAUAGUAUCGGCUACGGCGUUCUACAAGGCCCAGCCGGUGAUCCAGUUCAUGUGUGAGGUCCUGGACAUCCACAACAUAGACGAGCAGCCCCGGCCCCUCACUGACUCCCACAGGGUCAAGUUCACCAAAGAGAUCAAAGGUAUGCAGAGUGCCGUCACCACCACCCCAGGCACAGGAAUGCUAACACUGCAGUGGAACAUGCUGCUGGACUCCUUGCAUCACUGUUGACCUCCAGGGCUAAUGUUUUUGUCAUUCUAACUUUGUUUUGGUUGUAGGGAUAUUGGUAUUGUGACUCACUGCUAUUUCUGUAUUGCUGAAUCGUUUUGCUACCUGCCAAAUUGUACAUAGAUGACUGUCUGUAUUCUAUGAUUUCUGUCAUCCAUGAUGACUUUCAAUUGAACAUACCACAUGAAAAUGUGUUUGCAUUGGGCAUUAGAAGCCCCUUAAAACGAUAUAAUUAAAUUGUUGGAUAGUUCUUCUCAGACAUAUUCCUCUCCUUCCUUUGCUGUGUCCAGGUCUGAAGGUGGAAGUGACCCACUGUGGGACGAUGCGGAGGAAGUACAGAGUGUGUAACGUGACCCGCCGCCCUGCCAGCCACCAGACGUGAGUACCUACUCAGAGAGACAGGGAUAUGUGUAGUUGAACUCUGACACAGCCUGGAACGAUGCCUUGAAUUGGCUCUAUAUUGGACUAAGGGGCAGCUUCCUGGACACAGAUUAAGUCUAGUCCUGGAAUAAAAAGCAAUCUCAAUGGAGAAUCUCCAUUGAAAAUGCUUUUUGGUCCAGGACUAGGCUUAAUCUGUGUCCCAGAAACCGCCCCUAAGAGUUAAACAUGAAAACUAGAUGAGUACAAAGUCACAAAAACAUAUCAACUCCAUGUUUCUCCUCCCCGAACCCCCAGGUUCCCCCUGCAGCUGGAGAAUGGUCAGACAGUGGAGCGCACGGUGGCCCAGUACUUCAGAGAGAAGUACAGCCUGCAGCUGAAGUACCCCCACCUCCCCUGCCUACAGGUGGGCCAGGAGCAGAAACACACCUACCUGCCACUGGAGGUGAGUACCACUGGCUCUUUGUACUUUUGACCAAUUCUCAACCUCUCUUUGAUUAUGUGCGAUGGGAGUUUGUUCUCAGCAGCAGUGAUCUUAGUCAGCAUAAGUAGAGCCCUGAGUUAUUGUAUUUCAUGUGGUCAGGAUGAACUCAGGGCCCUCAGCAUAAAACUGUACCAAUACUGCUCUCUCUACUGUAUUAAAUUACUUUUAACUCAUAUUCCUAUGUGUGUCUCCGUGCAGGUGUGCAACAUAGUAGCUGGCCAGCGCUGUAUAAAAAAACUCACUGAUAACCAGACGUCCACCAUGAUCAAAGCCACGGCCCGCUCUGCCCCAGACAGACAGGAGGAGAUCAGCAGGCUGGUGAGUACUGUCUAUAGCGCCCUCCAAUGACUGGGAGGUAUUACGACUACUGAGUGUCUUUUUAUAAUUAAUCAUAGUAAUUGAUAUAGCACUUUUCCAGAUGCUCAAAGCGCUUACAUACUGUAGUAAGGGGGAAACUUGUCUCAUCCACCUGCUUAAGUUAUUAUCUCCUCCAAACUAAUGAUUUCCUGUUUUGCUACUACCCCUCCCUCCGUCCUACACCUCUAUCCUCCUCUUCUCUCAUUCACUCCCUCCCUGUGUCCAGGUGCGGAGUGCGAACUAUGAGGCGGACCCGUUCGUCCAGGAGUUUCAGUUCCGCGUGCGUGACGAGAUGGCUCAGGUGACUGGUCGUGUGCUGCCGGCCCCCGGGCUGCAGUACGGUGGCAGGGCAAGCUUGGAACACUUCAUGGUACAUACCCUUUAAAUCAUCCUUCAUCCGCAUGUCUCUGUGAUUUAGCUUCCCCAUCUCUCUCUCUCUCUCUUUCUUGCCCCUGGCUCUUUCAUUUUGUCACUUGACAUUUACGUAAUUUAGCAGACGCUCUUAUCCAGAGCGACUAACAGGAGCAAUUAGGGUUAAGUGCCUUGCUCAGAUUUUUCACCUAGUCAGCUCGGGGAUUCGAACCAGCAACCUUUUGGUUACUGGUCCAACGCUCUUAACCGCUAGGCUACCUGCCGCCAACUGUCAACCUCUACCACCCUCUCUCUUUCACCCACCUCUAUUUUUCUAUCUCUGAAAAUAAUGAUUACUACUUUGCUUGUGUGAAGGCUAUGACGAAUGGCAUGACAAUGUUUUUAGAUGCAUUAAAUGACAAUUUCGAAGAAAAUACAAACAAAAGUUCCUCAAUCUUUUCGAACCAAUUGGUCUUUCCACCUUUCUGUCCAUGUCCGUACUGUCUGUAUUUAUGUAUGUAUGUGUGUGUGUGUGUGUGUGUGUGUGUGUGUGGGUGGCAGCCCCAGCAGAUGAACCCUGCGGUGUCGUUGCAGAACCGCACGGUGGCCACGCCCAGCCACGGUGUGUGGGACAUGAGGGGCAAACAGUUCCACACCGGGGUGGAGAUCAAGAUGUGGGCCAUCGCCUGCUUCGCCACGCAGAGGCAGUGUCGCGAGGAGAUCCUCAAGUGAGUGCUGUCUGUCUUAUACAUACAUCAGAAACACACACACAGGUCUCUGUUUCAACAGGUAAAUACUCAGCCCAAUGCAAUAACAUUAUAAUCAACAUAAAAUUAGCAUUAUUAGCAUAUCUAUUAUGUUAUAUCAAAUUUGUUCGUUUCUUUUGGUUGGUUUCUGCAACACUUACGUCUCUCUGUGUCUGUCCAUAACAUCUCUUUGGGUCUCCUCAUCCCCCCCCCCUUCUCAUUCUCUUUCUCAUCCUCUCUCUCUCCUUCCCAUCCUCUCCUUCCCAUCCUCUCUCUCUCCUUCCCUCCAUCUCUACAGGGGUUUUACUGACCAGCUGCGUAAGAUCUCUAAGGAUGCUGGGAUGCCAAUCCAGGGCCAGCCAUGUUUCUGUAAGUACGCUCAGGGAUCAGACAGCGUGGAGCCCAUGUUCAGGCACCUGAAGAACACCUAUGCUGGCCUGCAGCUCAUCAUCGUCAUCCUGCCUGGGAAGACCCCAGUCUAUGGUACGGUCACAGACUAGACACUUUCAUUUUCUUUCACAUUUGAUAUUUUUUAAAACUCUGUUCAUAUACUAUUUAUAUAUUUAUUUGUAUGUUAUUUCCAUAGCCUGAUAGUAUAUAUACCAUGUACAAGAUAGUAUCAGGUGUAAAAUGGUUACCUGUGUCCUACAAUAUUGCAAUGGGUGUAAAUACACUGCUCAAAAACAACAACACAAUGUAACUCCAAGUCAAUCACACUUCUGUGAAAUCAAACUGUCCACUUAGGAAGCAACACUGAUUGACAAUACAUUUCACAUGCUGUUGUGCAAAUGGAAUAGACAACAGGUGGAAAUUAUAGGCAAUUAGCAAGACACCCCCAAUAAAGGAGUGGUUCUGCAGAUGGUGACCACAGACCACUUCAGUUCCUAUGCUUCCUGGCUGAUGUUUUGGUCACUUUUGAAUGCUGGCGGUGCUUUCACUCUAGUGGUAUCAUGAGACGGAGUCUACAACCCACACAAGUGGCUCAGGUAGUGCAGCUCAUCCAGGAUGGCACAUCAAUGCGAGCUCUGGCAAGGUUUGCUGUGUCUGUCAGCGUAGUGUCCAGAGCAUGGAGGCGCUACCAGGACACAGGCCAGUACAUCAGGAGACGUGGAGGAGGCCGUAGCAGGGCAACAACCCAGCAGCAGGACUGCUACCUCCACCUUUGUGCAAGGAGGAGCAGGAGGAGCACUGCCAGAGCCCUGCAAAAUGACCUCCAGCAGGCCACAAAUGUGCAUGUGUCUGCUCAAACGGUCAGAAACAGACUCCAUGAGGGUGGUAUGAGGGCCCGACGUCCAGAGGUGGGGGUUGUGCUUACAGCCCAACACCGUGCAGGACGUUUGGCAUUUGCCAGAGAACACCAAGAUUGGCAAAUUCGCCACUGGCGCCCUGUGCUCUUCACAGAUGAAAGCAGGUUCACACUGAGCACAUGUGACAGACGUGACAGAGUCUGGAGACGCCGUGGAGAACGUUCUGCUGCCUGCAACAUCCUCCAGCAUGACCGGUAUGGCGGUGGGUCAGUCAUGGUGUGGGGUGGCAUUUCUUUGGGGGGCCGCACAGCCCUCCAUGUGCUCGCCAGAGGUAGCCUGACUGCCAUUACGUACCGAGAUGAGAUCCUCAGACCCCUUGUGAGACCAUAUGCUGGUGCGGUUGGCCCUGGGUUCCUCCUAAUGCAAGACAAUGCUAGACCUCAUGUGGCUGGAGUGUGUCAGCAGUUCCUGCAAGAGGAAGGCAUUGAUGCUAUGGACUGGCCCGCCCGUUCCCCAGACCGGAAUCCAAUUGAGCACAUCUGGGACAUCAUGUCUCGCUCCAUCCACCAACGCCACGUUGCACCACAGACUGUCCAGGAGUUGGCGGAUGCUUUAGUCCAGGUCUGGGAGGAGAUCCCUCAGGAGACCAUCCACCACCUCAUCAGGAGCAUGCCCAGGCGUUGUAGGGAGGUCAUACAGGCACGUGGAGGCCACACACACUACUGAGCCUCAUUUUGACUUGUUUUAAGGACAUUACAUCAAAGUUGGAUCAGCCUGUAGUGUGGUUUUCCACUUUUAAUUUUGAGUGUGACUCCAAAUCCAGACCUCCAUGGGUUAAUAAAUGUGAUUUCCAUUGAUAAUUUUUGUGUGAUUUUGUUGUCAGCACAUUCAACUAUGUAAAGAAAAAAGUAUUUAAUAAGAUUAUUUAAUUCAUUCAGAUCUAGGAUGUGUUAUUUUAAUGUUCCCUUUAUUUUUUUGAGCAGUGUACAUAGUUACGUGUGUCCUACAAUAUGGCAGCAGGUGUAAAAUGGUGCCCUCUGUCUCUCCCACAGCUGAGGUGAAGCGGGUUGGAGACACCCUCCUCGGCAUGGCCACUCAGUGUGUCCAGGUGAAGAACGUGGUGAAGACAUCCCCUCAGACCCUCUCCAACCUCUGCCUCAAGAUCAACGUCAAACUGGGGGGCAUCAACAACAUCCUGGUGCCACACCAACGGUAACGCACAGAGUGAAAGAGUGUGUGUGGCCACAGGCAGAAAACCCCUAUUUGGGUAAUAGAAAACACUUGUGUUAAUGUACUAUUUAGCAGAAACACAUACUCUGAGUGUACAAAACAUUAAGGACACCUUCCUAAUAUUGAGUUUCACCCCCCUCCCUCCCUUUUUGCCCUCAGAACAGCCUCAAUUUGUUGGGCAUGGACUCUACAAGGUCAAAUGUAAAAGUGUAUUGUCAAAAGCAUUCCACAGGGAUGCUGGCCCAUGUUGACUCCAAAGCUUCCCACAGUUGUGUCAAAUUGGCUGGAUGUCCUUUGGGUGGUGGACCAUUCUUGAUACACAUGGGAAACUGUUGAGCCAUACCCCGUUCAAAGGCACUUAAAUCUUUUACAUUUACAUUUUAGUCAUUUAGCAGACGCUCUUAUCCAGAGCGACUUACAGUUAGUGAAUGCAUACAUUUUUAUUUUUAUUUUAUUUUUUAUACUGGCCCCCCGUGGGAAACGAACCCACAUUCCUGCCGGCCAAACCCUCCCCUACCUUGGACAACGCUGGACCAAUUGUGCGCCGCCCAUGGAUCUCCCGGUCGCGGCCGGCUGCGACAGAGCCUGGACUCGAACCAGGAUCUCUAGUGGCACAGCUAGCACUGUGAUGCAGUGCCUUAGACCACUGCGCCACUGGUCAGUCUAUAUCAUGGAAAGAGCAGGUGUCCUUAAUGUUUUGUACACUCAGUGUAUAUACUUUAUGAUGGAAAGCACCUAUGUCGUGUAUGGCAAACAGCUAUUUGGACUGUAGGAUAUAUGUGCCUUAUGUUUGUCUGUCUCGCCACCCAGUCCCUCAGUGUUCCAGCAGCCUGUUAUCUUCCUGGGGGCCGACGUCACUCAUCCUCCAGCCGGAGAUGGAAAGAAGCCAUCCAUUGCAGCGGUCAGUUUCUUCCUGUCAUUCUAGUUUCAAUUGCCACUUUCCUCACAAACACUGCCUUGUCUGUCUAUCUAGUUGUCAUGGGGUGUGAUGUAUCUAGUACAUUGGUAAUCUACUAGUUUGUUUUGUUACCCAGACCCCUACAAUAGCAUUCUGAAACAUGGUGUCAGAAGUGAUGUUUCUGACCAUUUCCCUCUCUCUGGCCCUGUCCAGGUGGUGGGCAGUAUGGAUGCCCACCCCAGCAGGUACUGUGCCACAGUGAGGGUCCAGAGACCCAGACAGGAGGUGAUCCAGGACCUGGCCUCCAUGGUGCGGGAGCUCCUCAUCCAGUUCUACAAGUCCACCCGCUACAAACCCACCAGAAUCAUAUUUUACAGGGAUGGAGUGUCAGAGGGACAGUUCAGACAGGUUAGUUCAAAUACUUACGUCCCCCUUCAAUCUCUCAUUUCAAGUUUACAGCCAAGUCAAAUUAUGUCCCUAUGUUGAGAAAUACAUUUAUUACAAAUAGCAAUGUUCUUCAUAGAUUAUUAACCUUAAACUUGAGUCUUAAACUUCAUCUUGAGCUAUUAGCCAUCAACCUUAAAUUCUUCACCGCUCGCCACUCUUUGCUGAUGUGUCGACUUCUCUCUGUGUGGCAGGUGCUGUACUAUGAGCUGCUGGCCAUUAGAGAGGCCUGUAUCAUGUUGGAGAAGGAGUACCAGCCGGGCAUCACCUACAUCGUGGUGCAGAAGCGCCACCACACGCGCCUCUUCUGUGCCGACCGCAACGAGCGGGUAAGUGGUGCUAUCCUUGUACAUUAAUGAUUUACUUUGUGCUAGGUAUAGAUUUGGUUGUUGAACUGCUUUUAAUUGGGGUGUUGUUUAUUUGGCAGGUUGGACGGAGUGGUAACAUUCCUGCAGGCACCACUGUGGACACAGACAUCACCCACCCCUAUGAGUUUGACUUUUACCUCUGCAGCCAUGCAGGAAUACAGGUGUGUGUCAAGACUCAUACUAGGGUUGUGUUCAAUAGGCAUAAGAUGGGGAAAUGUUAUAAAACUAAAGUCAGCAUUCUUAUUGGACAAGUUCAGGUAGUAUCUCCUGCUUAUUUCUCCCUAAUGUCGACUCUUGCCGUCAUUGAUAUUUUCUGAGCUUCAUCAGCUUCUAUUACUUUCCACUAAACUUUAAUUGUCAGUGUUGAAUCAAUGCUGGUAUUCUCUCCAUAGAACCUGCAUUGUCCCUGUGGUAUUACUGACUUAGCCUUCUCCCUCCAGGGUACGAGCCGACCUUCCCACUACCACGUCCUGUGGGACGACAACUGCUUCACGGCUGACGAGUUCCAGCUGCUCACCUACCAGCUGUGCCACACCUACGUGCGCUGCACCCGCUCAGUCUCCAUCCCCGCGCCAGCCUACUACGCCCACCUGGUGGCCUUCCGUGCCCGCUACCACCUGGUGGACAAAGAACAUGACAGGUGAGGGGGGGGGGGGGGAAGGGAUUCAUUUUAGUGUGAUCAGUAUACUUUUCUGUAGGGCUAAAAUCAAUGUCUCUUGCUGUUUAUCAGGUAAAAAGAAACUGGAGGCCGAUGUCAUGUAUUGAUUGUAAAAUGUUCAUGUUCAUUCAAGAUAAAGGUUCUCUCCCUCCCUUUCUGUCCUUUUCCCUUUCUCGUUUCCUCACUUCCUUCUCUUGGAACACACGCAGUGCGGAGGGCAGCCAUGUCUCAGGGCAGAGUAAUGGCCGAGACCCCACGGCCCUCGCCAAGGCUGUCCAGAUUCAUCACGACACACUGAGGACCAUGUACUUCGCCUGA